UUAUUGAUCUAUUUCACAGUUUUUUCUGAGGAUAAGAUUUGUGUUAAAGUUGUCGGUCAGGAGAGGGAAAUGGAAGUGAUAUACAUUUGGGAUGAUAUCUCAACUUUGACCUCACUCAAAUCACCAGUUACACAUGUUGGAAUCUACACACCGUCCACACAAACCCAUUCUACAAUUUUUGUGCACGAUAAACUGUUGAACAUCGUUAGCUGUAGUGUGAAUCAAGACCACAGUGUAUUGGCAUAUGUAGCGUUGAUUAAGUGUAGCAACACUAAACGAUUACCGGCUGCAGGGAAAACUACAAGACCAGAACUGUUCAGUGCCUUCCUGGCAGAAAUCAAACCUCAAAACCGAAUAUUUGACCUGAAUGUCCAGCGCCGCAAACAACUGCAUGUGCAGUUUUUGUGGAGUAAACAAAGCCAUGAUGCCACAUACAAUAAGGAAUGCAAACUGCUCUUCUUUCUUCACCAAGAAUCGAUUGCCCUGUAUAACAUUCCACUUGGGAGGGUCGACCAGUUGGGCGUGGUGAUCAGUAGCCAGCCAACCAUCUUUGAGGUAGUUAAACAGUUUUACUGGUCACAAUGGGACCUGUCAUUCCAGAGGUUGUUCUUUGUGUCUCGUAAAUAUUCCAAGUCUGUUGAUGUACAAGUGUACCCUGUUCUUAAGUGCUAUGAAUACAAUAGUAAGAAUAACAAUUUUAUCAAAAUGUUUGAAAUGAAGCUGGACUUACCAAUUCCACUCGAAGUUAAAGAAAAGGAAUACAUAGUGAGUGGACCAAGCCGAACUCUGUCUGGUCAUUAA